GGUGAUAUUUGUAAUCUUGGUCCUCUCAGGAAGCUUAUUCUUUCUCCACUCCAUGUCAAAGACAUAGAAGCUGAAAUAAAUUAUUCUGGGGAAUUAAGUCAAAUGUCAGACAAAAUGAUUGCAUCUUCAGUUCAUGGUCAAAUUAGAAGAAAACGUCAGCGGAACAGGAAUGGUAGUAACCACAUACCCAAGGGUAAGCAGCAAGAUACUUCUCAUUUUAAAAGAGCACUUGAGUUUUUGCUUAAUGGUCUCGCCCUUCUGAAGAAUCCUAGCAGUGAGAAAAUGGACAACAAUUUGUAUAGAUGUGGUGAAUUUUCUGAUAAGAAUGGGUUUAAAAAUGGAUCGGUUUCAAAGAAGCGUGAAAAUAUUGUCCCUGGCCUAUCAAAGAAGUAUGCUCUUGUAGAUUUACCUCAAGAUGCAAGACCACUUUUAGUUCUCAUUAACAUGAAAAGUGGAGCUCAAAAUGGUCAUUCCCUUAGGAGAAGGCUGAACAUGCUAUUGAAUCCUGUUCAGAUUUUUGAACUCAGCUCCUCACAAGGACCCGAAGCUUGUUUAGACCUUUUCAGCAAUUUGCAGUACUUCCGGGUUUUGGUUUGUGGUGGGGACGGGACCGUUGCUUGGGUCCUUGAUGCAAUUGAGCGUCAUAACUUUGAGUCACCUCCUCCAGUGGCUGUCCUGCCUUUGGGAACAGGAAAUGAUUUGUCUAGGGUAUUACAAUGGGGAGGCGGAUUUUCAAUGGUUGAAGGGCAAGGUGGCGUUGGCACCUUUCUGCAUGAUUUGAACAAUGCAGCUGUUACAAUGCUUGAUCGCUGGAGAGUUGAUAUAUCAGACGAGAAUUCAGUACCUGAUGCCAAAAAUGUGAAACCAAGGUUCAUGAUGAACUACUUGGAAGGUGCCAGGGAUAUAAUGGACAGAACUUGUGCAGAUUUGCCGUGGCAAGUGUGGCUUGAAGUAGAUGGGAAGGAUAUACAGAUUCCGAAUGAUGCUGAGGGCCUGAUUGUGCUCAAUAUUGGUAGCUAUAUGGGUGGAGUCGAUCUCUGGCAAAAUGAUUUAGAGCACGAUAAUGACUUUGAGCAUCAAUCUAUGCAUGAUAAAAUGCUUGAAGUUGUUUGUGUUUCUGGAGCUUGGCAGCUUGGCAAACUUCAGGUCGGGCUUUCUCAAGCAAGGAGACUGGCCCAAGGUGGCACAAUAAGGAUACACGUCUCCAGUCCUUUCCCAGUCCAAAUUGAUGGGGAGCCAUUCAUACAGCAACCGGGGUGCAUAGAGAUCACUCACCAUGGACAGUACCAUCAUUACCAGGUCGUCGGGAGAGCUCUCCCGUCGGAGUCCGAAGAGAAUCCGAAGAUGUACCGCAUGAAGCUCUGGGCCACGGAUGAGAUCUUUGAGAAGAACCCCACAGUGAUCAAGAACUACGGGAUAUGGUUGAGGUACCAAAGCAGGACAGGGUACCACAAUAUGUACAAGGAGUUCCGUGAUACAACCUUGAACGGUGCGGUGGAUCAGAUGUAUACUGAGAUGGCUUCCCGUCACAGGGUCCGCCGACACUGCAUCCAGAUAAUCAAGACAGCCACCAUCCCUGACUCUCUCUGCAAGAGAGAGAGCGUCAAACAGUUCCACAACUCCGAAAUUAAGUUCCCUUUGGUGUUCAAGAAACUGAGGCCCCCAAGUCGCAAGUUUAAGACCACCUACAAGGCCUCCCGACCCAAUCUCUUUGUUUAAUAUAACUUGGUCUUUCUUGCUUCUAUUUCUGCAUUGGUGAAAGUACUUUUAUAAGCCUGGUUAUGGAUAAGUUGCAAUUUUUGAACUACUUUUUUUUAGUCAUUCACAUAAUCACAUCAUCAUACUUACUCCUUAGUAACAUUUGAUCUACAUCUUCUUGGUUGAAAUGUCUCUGAUUUGGUUAUCAUA